AUGCAACACCUUACUCGUUUCGUCAAUAAUGGCGCUGGUCUGGAGAAGAUUCUCCGUUUAAUCCAAUCUAUCGCGCAAAUAGCCGCAGUCUUUACCGUCGGUAGCACGGCCGUGCGGUUGACAGCUGCUAAACUGCAAUUGGCUUUGACUCGACGAUUCUUUCGCUUUUUCGGCUUCUUGGACUCGUUUCAACGAGUGUCUACCCUGCUUACCAAUGGUGGGGUUGGAUCUGUGGCUGGGUGGCUAGAGCUUGCCAAAUGGACCUGCUUCGGUCUCUAUUUCGUCUUGGAGGAUUUAACAAUUUUGCAUGCUAUGGGUGUUUAUACGGUACCCUGGGAGGCACGCGUUAUGCGUGAAGCCAACACCUUUUGGUUCUAUGCUUUAUCAUUCUCCAUUGCUGGGUCUAUAUAUGGCAUCUUCUUCUCAGCAGCUACAGAGCCAGCGAAGAAGCCUCAGACUAAGAAUGGCAAGAAGGAGAAGAAUGAGGAGAAGGUUGCCGCACCGGCUCCUCGCACUUCUAACACCCCGGCUCUUGUGAAGCGAAUCGUGACUGAUAGUUGUGACUUGUUGCUUCCUGCGGAGCUGUUGAAUUGGAUGCCCACGGGAGAUCUUGUGUUGGGUGUGACAAUGGUGCUGAGCACUAUUUUGACAGGUUCGGAUAUCUGGGCCCGCGUCUAA